ACGAUUUACAGAUAGAGAUAGACGCCAAUUCGAAUUUGAAAUUCAGUUAGUUGCACGGAGUGUUGUGAGAAACACCAAAACAAAAUAUGAGUUGCCCCAUGAGGUCAAUUGAUUCCGCUCAAGAUGGCGAACAGCUUGGAGAAGAAGCAGGAAUGCUGUAUGCUGAAUAUUUGAUGUUGGAUAAGAUUUUAGGAGCACAAAGAUUACUUGGGGAGGAAUACCAUGCACCAGUUCAUGAUGAACAUUUAUUCAUCAUCACUCAUCAGGCUUAUGAACUUUGGUUUAAACAGAUUAUAUGGGAACUAGAUUCCAUCAGGAAUGUUUUCAGUGAAAUUCUGGAAGAAUCUCAAACACUGGAAAUUUUAAGGCGGUUGAACAGGGUGGUCCUGAUAUUGAAGGUAUUAGUGGAUCAAGUUAUGAUUUUGGAGACAAUGACACCACUGGACUUCAUGGAGUUUCGAAACUAUCUUCGACCAGCAUCAGGAUUUCAAAGUUUGCAAUUCAGACUUCUCGAAAAUAAGUUGGGUGUUCGUCAAGAAAAUCGUGUGAAAUAUAACAAGAACUAUGCUAAAGUUUUUGGAAAUGACGAAGAAGCCAUGAAACAACUAGAUGUAUCGGAGAAUGAACCUUCUUUAACGGAUUUGGUACAAGGGUGGCUGGAGAGAACUCCUGGAUUAGAGAUGGAAGGGUUUGAUUUUUGGGGGAAAUAUGAGAAAGCUGUAGAAAUUUUGUUCAAAGAAGAUGAAGAACGUGCAAAU